AUGAGCCCAAAGAAGUUUUAUGAUAUCGUUAAAUCUUUAAACAAAGAACAGAAAAAAGCUGUUAGAGAAAUGGGAUUAGGAUCUUUGUUGAGAAUUGCAACCAAUGGAAUUUCUGGGAAAUUGGCAUGUUUUGUUGUGAAUUCGUUCAAUCCAUCAGAUAUGAAAAUGCAUCUACCUAAUGCAAAGAUAGACAUAACACCAGCUCUUGUUCAUGAUUUGCUUGGAAAUCCUCCAGCUGUUAGAGAAAUGAGAUUAGGAUCUUUGUUGAGAAUUGCAACCAAUGGAAUUUCUGAGAAAUUAGCACGUUUUGUUGUGAAUUCAUUCAAUCCAUCAGAUAUGAAAAUGCAUCUACCUAAUGCAAAGAUAGACAUAACACUAGCUCUUGUUCAUGAUUUGCUUGGAAAUCCUCCAGCGAAUGAUGAAGAAUCCGACACCGAUGAAAAUGAAGAUAUGAAACUCGAUGAAUUGGUAUUCAAAGCAAAAAAGAAUUAUAAAAAACUAGUGAAUGAUAAAAUGAAGUUUGGAAAGUUAAUUGAGUUUCCAACAACAAAAUUCACAGAAAGCGAUGAGUUGAAAGAUAUAAAGAAAGUCUUUGAACAAGAAUUCAUUUAUAAAAGUCAAAAUGAAGAUGAAACAAAUGUGAUGAAUGAAGAUGAUGCAAAAAAGUGA